GACCACAGAAAAACAUCCUCGAUUCAUUCCUGUCCUGCGGGCCUGAACUCAUUCUUGGUGUUUCGUUCGCCAAUGAAACAAGCAACAUCGUGCCGUUGAAAGAGUCAUUUCUACUUGAUAUAUAUCCUCAGUCAUCUACCAAGCUGCCCCCAACCUCAUACUUCCUUAAGCAUUGCCACAGUCGCAAAGUCUGCAGCCCACUCGCAGUUUUUCGUCCCAGCAUAUUUUGGCGCCCAACUUGGAGAGGAUGGGUUACACGCUGCGCGCUUGCCUUCUCCUGCUCGUGCGACUCGCCAUUCUUUGUCUAGACAGUUUGAUUAGCACUGCACUUCACCGGACAAAUGUGUGCGUUGUUGAAGGCAGUGAGUGCACCACGAAGAUUGAGGGCUUAGCCACUCGGAGAGCUCUAUGCAACAAGCCUUGCUCCAUCCGUUCGGUCCGCUUUGCCUCUCAUCCGACACUCCUAUCGUGCAAUCAAGAAUGGUACGAAGCCCCAAUUGGAACACAUCAAAUCCGCCACGGAUGCCUCACUGAUUGGAAGCGCCCAACAGACGCGACUGGUUUCAGCUGUCAGAUCAUCACGGUCCGCCUACAGUACAUAGAGACGACUCAGAACACGCGCUUUGAGUAUUUCAUUAAAGGUCGGCUUCAGAGAUCCCGAUUCGAAAGUGUGCUUGGCGCACAUGUCAUCUUCAUCGCAGAUGGUGACAUCUGGCAGACGCAGCACAAGCGUGACUCUCAGAUCUUCAGCGCGUCACAACUUCGAACCAGGGUCCAGACAGCCGUUCAUGAAGAGACCAGGAAGGAAAUCAGCAUCAUGAGCGAGGCUGCUGCUCGCGGAUAUGCCAGCGAGAGGAACCAACCCGUGCUGCCAGAGCUAUUCUUCCGCUUCACACACUCUGCCUUAGCAAAAUCUCCUUCUCUCGGGACUUUAAGUGCCUCAGAUCCUCGAUUUCCUGCUUCGAUGAAUCCGUUCCAUUCGCCAACGCCUUCCAUCUUGCACAUGGGGUUCUCAAUGAGCCCUUCGCGCUGCCGCUCUUCAAGCUGAACUAGUUUCUUGCUUCACAAGGAAAGGACAUAAAGACAGCGAUCGGGCACAUUCACAAGACGGCCAGCGCAAAGUCGCAAAAGGACGGAAGGGACCUGGAGCUGUUCAUGGAUCUGGCAAAGGACCCUCAACCUCGUUCUGACCUUUUUGAUUGCAGAUCGAAGGCCGCGAAACCACGGCACAGUCGCUCAGCC